AUGCUUUCGGUAGAUCGACAGUCGGAAGACGAUGUAUUGCUAGAGGAGCUAUCUUUACGACUACGUGGAGUGAUUCCAGUACAGCCAAAUCCGUUGCUUGCAGCGUCAGAUCACGCAUCAUGCAGUUUGAAGAGCACUCGAUUGAACGGUCAUCUCAUCUACUGUUUCGUAAUUGGCGGCGAAUGCAGACUAUGUUUUCCACAAAUAAUCAGCGUGGUAUUGCAUGGAGUAGCAAUGAGUGACAUCAACGAGCUUUUUGUCAGCUUGAAUAUACACAUUUCUGUUGCUAGUCAUCAGCAACUAGACACACUGAAGUUAGCUGGUGUUAUGCCAAUGACCGCUGUUAGCUGUGGUUUAGUGACCAAAAGUGAUGCAGAACGCUUAGUUGCCCAGUUAUUGCCACAACGAAGUGGGCAUCGACUAAAUGUAGAUAUAUUACUACCAAGUGCGAGUGUCAAGGAUGCAAUUCCUGUUGUACAUGACUGUUUUGGUGGUUGUUGUGGAACAUUGAUUCCAUCAUUGCCAAUUGAAGAAAGAAUUGAAUGCAGUGAGUGCAAGUAUCUAUUUACUGGUGAAAAAUUUGUCUCUCAUACUCAUUCUGCACGCCAACUACCGCAUAUUUGCCAUUGGGGAUUUGAUUCGUCUAACUGGCGACAUUAUCUACACUUGCCGGAAUCAGCAGAGCAUGACUUGAAAGCAUUGCGCAAACUUGACUUAUACAAAUAUCCUUCACAUCUUGGCAAGCGAUCUGCAUCUGAUGAUUUGGCUGUAAGAGAGAAAACUCUUUACCAUAUAAAUUUGAUAACAUACGAUGGAGACCGUUUCUUGGCAUUGAUAACAGACGCUGAGACGUUAACAGUUUGA